GAGCUCUUUGUAUUGUGGAUAAUCCAACAGAACUCUUGAAUGUGCUUGUGCUCAUGCUUCAAAGCCAGUGUCAUGCAGAUGUGAUCACACUUAACACAGUUAUCAAUGGAUUUUGCAAGGUGAGGAGGAUUGAUGAAGCUCUAACGGUAUUACAGGACAUGUUGAGUGGUAAAUUUUCCGCUCCCAAUGUUGUGACCUUCACUACUAUAAUUUCUGGUUUAUUGGACACUGCAAGAGUUGAUGAAGCUGUUGAGUUGCUCCAUAAAGUAAUGCCUGAAAAUGGUGUAAGACCGAGUGUUGCGACAUAUAAUGCUUUUCUCCGAGGCCUAUUCAAACUAAAGAGGCCAAAUGAUGCAUUGAGGGCCUUCAAUAAUAUGGCAAGUAAUGGCAUUACUGCAGAUAGUACCACUUAUACUGUUGUGGUAAAUGGUCUAUGUGAAUCUAACCAAAUAGAUGAAGCGAAGAAUUUUUGGCAUAAUGUUAUAUGGCCUUCAGGGAUUCAUGAUAAUUUUGUUUAUGCAGCAAUUCUAAAAGGGUUCUGUCGCACCAAUAACUUUAAUGAAGCUUGUCAUUUUUUGUAUGAACUGGUAGAUUCUGGGGUGUCUCCAAAUAUAUUUAGUUAUAAUAUUGUGAUCAAUUGUGCUUGCAAUCUAGGUUUGAAAAGGGAGGCUUACCAUAUUGUUAGAGAGAUAAAAAUGAAUAAACUCACACCUGAUUGUGUGACAUGGAGGAUUCUUGACAAGCUACAUGGCAAAGUGAGGACGCACAAUCAUUUUGAAGAUCGAAAUUUGUCAGCACUCUAUGACAGAGCUUCACUUGGUACUUGAUGGAUGGUGCUGCCAUUUUUUAGACCUUGGUGGGAUUGCUACCGUCUUGAAUUGAUGUAUGUUGCAUGCUUCAAUCCUACAUUUGUGCCUUUGGACAACCUUCCCCAAUUAAAUCUUGUGUAAAAUAUGGAUGAUGGACUGCUGAAUCUUUAUUGCUUUUUUGGUAUUUUAUUUAUUUAAAUUUUUUCGUGGCUAGUCUGAUAGGAUGUCCUUAAAA